AACAUAAAAACAUACACCAUUUUUAAAUACCAAGGACAGGCUUGUAGUAAGGUGGCAGCUAUUGAGUAAGAGAAACCCUGAAACUCCAGUUUCUCCCCACAAACAGGGAAGAAGAAAUUGUGUUUGAAUGGCUUCAACUACUGGUUACAUUGCUUUACCUGAAGUUAAACCUCAGAUCCAGCACAUAAUUAAAAUUCCUGAACAAAUUGAGCCUGUGGUGCCUGAUGAAUGCUGCAUUUACAAGGUUCCUUUCCAUCUCUUGAACUUGAAUGUGAAAGCCUAUACACCACAGUUUAUCUCAAUAGGCCCUCUUCACAGUGGUAAUUCAGAGCUAAAGCAAGAGAAACAGAAACAAAGGUACUUUCAUGCGUUUUGGAAACGUUUAUCCAGCAAGCAAGCUUUAGCUUUGAUGCAAUACAAAAUUUUCCUUGAAGAUAAUAGAGAAAGGAUAGGGAACUGUUAUUCCAAGCCAGAACUCUACAAGGAUGAACAGUUUGUUGACAUGAUCCUCUUAGAUUCUGUCUUCAUCAUGGAGCUCUUUUUGAGAAAAUCAAACAUAGGUGAACCGAAAAAUGAUCACAUGUUCACCUCAUCAUGGGUUUGCAAAAGUACACAAAGGGACUUGUUACUACUUGAAAACCAGCUUCCCAUGUUUGUGUUAGAGGAAUUGCACAGGAGGGUGUUUCCUGGAGAUGAUUGCAGCAAGGAAAAAGUUAGUUUUAUUGAGCUUGCCUUUAACUACUUUGAAGAUUAUUAUCCACACAAGUCAAGUCAAAAAGAUGAGAUGAUCAAGAACUUAAAAUCUUGCAAACACUUCACUGAUUUGAUCAGGUACACCUACCUUCCAACACAAGUCCAAGUUGAGGGGGUGAAUCCAUCACAAUAUUUCACCCCUUGUAGAGUAGAAUAUGUCCCAAGGACUGCCACAAAGUUGGAUGAGGCAGGGGUUAGCUUCGAGAAAGUUCAAGGUAGGAGCUAUUUGGACAUAAAGUUUGCAAAGACUCCGAUCCUUAGUUGGUUCCUGUGUUUUGGUUGCUUACCAUUCUCCACAUGUUUCAAAGCCCGUUUGCAAAUUCCUCACUUAAAAGUAGACCAAGUGACAGAAUGUGUCCUAAGGAACCUCAUUGCCUUGGAGCAGUGUCACUAUUCAGAGCAACCUUUCAUAUGCAACUAUGUUUCUCUAAUUGACUCUCUUAUUAACACUCAAGAGGAUGUGGAGUUGCUGGUGGACAAAGAAACAAUUGUGCAUGAACUUGGAAGCCAUACAGAAUUGGCAACUGUGAUCAAUGAUCUUUGCAAACAUGUUAUGGUAAACUCUAAUUAUUAUGACAAAAUCAUAAAGGAACUCAAUGAUCACUACAACAGCCAUUGGAAGCGCUAUAUGGGUAUGCUAAGAUAUGUGUACUUCCGUGACCCUUGGAGAGUAAGUUCAACCAUUGUGGGAGUUGCUGUUUUCUUAUUCACCACUUUAAACUUUCUAAGGGUUAUUGGUGUGUUUCAUCCAAAAUAUUGA